AGNCCUUUGAACCAGCCAACAUGAUGGCUAAGUGUGAUCCAAGACAUGGUAAAUACAUGGCUUGCUCCAUGCUUUACAGAGGUGAUGUCGUCCCCAAGGAUGUCAAUGCUGCUAUUGCAACAAUCAAGACAAAGAGAACAAUCUAAUUCGUCGAUUGGUGCCCAACAGGAUUCAAGGUCGGAAUCAACUAUCAACCACCAACAGUCGUCCCAGGAGGUGAUUUGGCUAAGGUUAUGAGAGCUGUUUGUAUGAUCUCCAACUCAACUGCUAUUGCUGAAGUUUUCUCCAGACUUGAUCAUAAAUUCGAUCUUAUGUAUGCCAAGAGAGCCUUCGUCCACUGGUACGUCGGUGAAGGUAUGGAAGAAGGAGAAUUCUCUGAAGCCAGAGAAGAUCUUGCUGCCUUAGAAAAGGAUUAUGAAGAAGUUGGUAUUGAAACUGCUGAAGGAGAAGGUGAAGAAGGAGAAGCAUGAA